AUGACACCCCCACCAGUCCUCUUCCACGCCCUCCUCCGCCCCGCGGUCCUCCAGAUCCUGCGCGCGACAGGAUAUCACGCCGCACGACCCGUGGUUCUCGAUGCCGUCACAGAGCUCGCGGCGCGCUACAUGUUCGCUCUCUGCCAGGCGACAGCGCGGCACGCGGGCGACAACGACCCGCAGGGCGACGCUGGCCCGGGCAUGGUGGACGUACGCAUGGCGCUGCAGGAGCUGGGUGCCGUGCCCCCGGACGAUGUGCUCGCUGAGGGGAGAGGCGCGAUACUGGGCGAGAUUCUAGACUCGCUGGACGAGGAAGGAAGGAGCGAGGCGGGCGCAGAGCUCGCGGCGGCGGCGGCUGCUGCAGCUGUGCCGGACGGCGAGGGAGACUUGGCAAUGGCGACGCCGACGGCGGUAACUGAGAGGGGACGCGAGAGAGAGAAGAUCGUUGAGGAUACGAGAGGCGUGGACGAGUUCAUCAAGUGGUUCUCCGGACCGCGGAACAAGGCCAUUCGCGAGGCGGCGGUUGGUGAUGGGGAGCUGGAGUUGGGCGACUACUUGAACGUCCUGAAGAAAAAGCACAGCAAGACGGGCGAAGACUCCAAGUACCACGGCACGAUCAUCGGCAAGGGCAACGACGUGGGCGAGGUCCAGGUCGAGGGCGGCGACCUCCCGAGCAUCCACACCUGGCGGUCCAAGAUGCAGGGCCCGCCACCGGGCAGCGCCCCGUCGGCGACCUCGCCGCGGAUCAAGGAGGAGUCGAGACCGCCGAGCUCUGGGCUGAGCUCCGGGGCAAACAUGCGAAGACGGACGCGCACCGGCAGCACGGCCAGCCAGGCGAGCGUUGUCAGCGUUGCCAGCGUCAGCACGAGUAAGACCGAGGGCCGCGAGGGUUGCGCGGUCCGCCCGAGAGGGGGCCGGGGCCGAGGCGGCUCGAUGGCGGGCAGAGGCAGGGGCAACAAGACUAGCGGCGGCAGAGUCACCAAGAACAAGACGACGACGACCACGGCUAAGGCUAAGCCCAGGAGUAGGUCCAGCACGAAGACGAAGCAGAAGCAAAAGAAGAAGGACAAUGACAAGGAGGACGGUGAUUUCACGGCAUAG